UGCUGGAUCAACAUCAGUAACGAGAUCGAUGACCAGGCUGGAGGACCCAACACUGUCUUUAAAUUCAAUCUGGGACCUCAUUUCACCACAUACCCUCUGGAUUUCUACACCCAUCGAGUGCUGAGGAUCCGCAAAGCUGUUCUAGCAUUGUUACAGCGGGCGCCUGACACUACCGUUAUCAUCAAGACUGUCAACACUGGCUGUAAGGUUGUAUGGUCUUACACAGGUAAUGAAAGGAAGAAACAUCCUUCACCAAGUUUUUUGUCUCAGCACUUUGCAAGACUCUCUAACUCUCCAAACUCCACUUCUCCUCCACAACUCCGUUCAGAAGAGUCAGUUGUAAGCUCAUUUUUCUCUGAAUUUGGAAUCAGUUCAGAUGCCUACUCCAGGUUACAGCAGGCUGUUUACUGGGAUGGGCCUGACAGAUCAAUCACAAAUGUGUCCAUGAGUACUAGUCCAGCCCACACCACAUUCAUCAUUGAGAACCUGAAAGAGAGCUACCAAAUUGGUGAGGAACUUUUUGUUACGGUGCACGCGAAGAACUUUGAGAAUAAAUCCAAGAGUUACGGAGGUGACUUUUUUCAAGCCAAGCUGUUCUGGUCUAAAACUAAGGCCAGUGUGUUUGGGGAAGUGGUGGACCUGCUCAACGGCUCUUACUCAGUGCGUUUUCUUCUGCCGUGGGUCGGCGAGGCCCAGGUGGCUGUGCGUCUAAUUCACUCCAGUGAAGCUGUGCAGGUCCUGAAGCGUCACAGAGAUACUGACUCUGACAGAGUGUACUUUAAUGGAUAUUAUGAGGGACCAGGACCAAAUAAGACCAGGUUAAGUGAAACAGUGACAUGUAAUGUGAAGUGGGACAAGAAUGGACUAGAGCGUAUGGGAACUGGAGACUGUUGCUGUGAAUACAACGAUCCCCGUACUGGAGAAACAUGGCGCUGCCAGAGACCCAAAACGCUGCCAUGCAGCGCCCUCGUGUACCACUCUAUGGGCGGUUAUAGAAACCGUCUGACUAAUAAGGAAAAGAUGUUUAUGACGCAAACUAACAAAGGUAUCAUUGGAGAUAAAAGCAUCAUCAAAAUUUUUCAUUCCAAUGGAAAUGAAACUACUGAUGUAACAGAGAAAUGCCGUCCUGGUUUACACACUCCAGUUCCAGCUGGCUUUUACCUGAAAGAUGUGUGGACGUCUUUUGUCUGUAGCACCCGCCAUUUUACAACCCUAACGACAACAGAGUGCCUGAAAAACAAACACAUCUACAUGAUGGGAGACUCUACUAUGAGACAGUGGUUUGAGUUCUUUGUGAAAACAGUACCAACCCUGAAGCAGAUGAACCUGCAUGUCCAAUAUCAGUCAGGGCCGCUCAUAGCAGUGGAUGUGGAGAACAACAUUGACUUACACUGGAGGGCUCACGGUGUUCCUCUGCGCACUCGAAAAUCAGCAGUUGCUGAUCUGCACUACAUCAGUAAUGAGAUCGAUGACCAGGCUGGAGGACCCCACACUGUCUUUAUAUUCAAUCUGGGACCUCAUUUCACCACGUACCCUCUGGAUUUCUACACCCAUAGAGUGUUGAGGAUCCGCAAAGCUGUUUUAGCAUUGUUACAGCGGGCGCCUGACACUACCGUUAUUAUCAAGACUGUCAACACUGGCUAUAAGGAUAUUUUUGGCAGUGACUGGUAUUCCCUACAGUUGAACAGAGUUCUGCAUUGGGCUUUUCAAGAUGUUGGUGUUUAUAUUCUGGAUGUGUGGCAAAUGACGGCCUGUCACUACAGCAAAGAAAACAUUCAUCCAGGCCCUGUCAUCAUUAAAAAUGAGAUUGACAUUUUACUCUCUUUUAUU